AUGAAGCCUGAGUCGAACAGUGUCAGCUUCCUGCAAAAGUACUUCCAUGGCAUUGCGACAGUUGUCAGAGGUUAUCUGGUCAAGGAUUUUACUUACUGCCUCCAUCUAAGCAUCUUGCAAAAACUUUCCCCUGUGUUCAAUGAUCUCCUCACCAUCCCACAUGCUGUAAUUGCUGAGGCUACACCCCAAGGGACCGAAGAAAACCCUAUCCGUUUACAUGGAAUCAAGCAGGAAGCAUUUGACGACUUCCUGAUGUGGAUUUACAAGAUCACCUGGACACAACCCACAGAUCCAGGACGUGUCUAUAUCAACCUGCUCAAAGUUUGCCAGAUGUGGCAGAUCGACGAGGAGGAGGAGGCAAAUAAUCUUGGAGUCAAAGUCUACAGCAUUAUCGCUAAGGCUUGUGAAAUGCUUGAGUGUGAACGGAAGCUUACCACUGCCUAUCCACCUCCGAUGACUUUUGAUCCUUCAUGGGAGUGCGAGACCCAUCAGGCGGUGUGCAUAUUGAUUUGGCGUGAUUUCUGGUGGAAAAAGGUUGCGAAACAGCUCUUGCACCCAGUCAAGCCAUUGGCAUUUUGCGAUGUUGCUGAGUUUGUUGAGAGGGAGCUGAAAGGCUCUUUUGUGACCGUUGAACGUUGUACUUGUAAUUUACCUUUAAUCAGGUUGAUUAGAUAA